GGAACCUACACAAUCAAAAACAGCUCUCCUCUAGCAGCCUCUAGAAGCACAUCACCUGGAGCAGAGCAACUCGCUCACUCCCCGCACAGCCCCGGAGCAGCUCGGUAGCUGGGGGCGGGGACAGUACUCUGCUCCUGCCUGAGCACCCGCCAGAGCAUCUCUGGGUAGAUUUGCUGUAUCCCGCCAUCCGCCCCCCGGGGUCCUGUUGCGAUGAUGCUUACGUUUCAAAGCAAUGAUGGAAAGAGAAAAGCCACUGCUGGUGGCCUGUGAAAGUGGGGCGAGUUACUGCAGUAGCUGCCGCAGCAGAAUGAGUGAGUGAAAAACUGAGCUCCGUUAGCCUCUCCAUCCCGUUCGGUCUUCAUUCACCAUCUCCAGGAAGGCGAAUCGGGAUACAGAUGCAGUAACCAAGCCGGUGCCACCCUGGAUCUAUAACUGUGAAGCCCCUUCUGUGGAAGAUGGUAAACAAAGACAUGAAUGGAUUCCCGGUCAAGAAAUGCUCAGCGUUCCAAUUUUUUAAGAAGCGGGUACGAAGAUGGAUCAAGAGCCCCAUGGUCAGCAUGGACAAGCAUCAGAGCCCCAACCUGAAGUACACUGGUCCUGCUGGAGUGCAUCUUCCUCCUGGGGAGUCAGACUUUGAGUCCACUCUGUGUCAAUCAUGCCUGGGUGACCACGCCUUCCAAAGGGGUAUGCUUUCUCCAGAGGAAUCCUGUUCCUGGGAGAUCCAACCUGGGUGUGAAGUGAAAGAACCAUGUAAUCAUUCCAACAUCCUGACCAAGCCAGACCCAAGAUCCUUCUGGACUAAUGACGAGCAAGCUUUCAUGAAACAGAGAAGGAUGGGCCUGAACGAUUUUAUUCAGAAGAUUGCCAGCAACACUUAUGCAUGCAAACACGCUGAAGUUCAGUCCAUUUUGAAAAUGUCCCAACCUCCGGAGCCCGAGCUUAUGAAUGCCAACCACUCUCCUCCGCCAAGUCCCUCUCAGCAAAUCAACCUGGGUCCGUCCUCCAAUCCCCACGCCAAACCCUCUGACUUUCACUUCUUGAAAGUGAUUGGAAAGGGCAGUUUUGGAAAGGUUCUUCUGGCAAGGCACAAGGCAGAAGAAGUAUUCUAUGCCGUCAAAGUUUUACAGAAGAAAGCCAUCCUAAAGAAGAAGGAGGAGAAGCAUAUUAUGUCCGAGCGGAAUGUUCUAUUGAAGAAUGUGAAGCACCCUUUCCUGGUGGGCCUUCACUUCUCUUUCCAGACUGCUGACAAGCUCUACUUUGUCCUAGACUACAUUAAUGGUGGAGAGCUGUUCUACCAUCUCCAGAGGGAGCGCUGCUUCCUGGAACCACGGGCUCGCUUCUACGCAGCUGAAAUAGCCAGUGCCUUAGGUUAUCUGCACUCCCUAAACAUCGUUUAUAGAGACUUAAAACCAGAGAAUAUUCUCCUAGACUCACAGGGACACAUCGUCCUCACUGACUUUGGGCUCUGCAAGGAGAAUAUUGAGCACAAUGGGACAACGUCCACCUUCUGUGGCACGCCUGAGUAUCUCGCUCCUGAGGUUCUCCAUAAGCAGCCGUACGACAGGACAGUGGACUGGUGGUGCCUCGGGGCUGUCUUGUAUGAGAUGCUCUAUGGCCUGCCUCCGUUCUAUAGCCGGAACACAGCUGAGAUGUAUGACAAUAUUCUGAACAAGCCUCUCCAGUUGAAACCAAAUAUUACAAACUCGGCAAGGCACCUCCUGGAGAACCUCCUGCAGAAGGACCGGACCAAGAGGCUGGGUGCCAAGGAUGACUUUAUGGAAAUUAAGAGUCAUAUUUUCUUCUCUUUAAUUAACUGGGAUGAUCUCAUUAAUAAGAAGAUUACACCACCAUUUAACCCAAAUGUGAGCGGGCCCAGUGACCUUCGGCACUUCGAUCCCGAGUUUACUGAGGAGCCUGUCCCCAGCUCCAUCGGCAGGUCCCCUGACAGCAUCCUUGUCACGGCCAGUGUGAAGGAAGCUGCAGAAGCCUUCCUUGGCUUCUCUUACGCACCUCCCAUGGACUCCUUCCUCUGAACCCUCCCAGGAUGGUUCUGAAGGAUUUCCUCUAAAGUUAGCCUUUGGUGGAGUUGCCAGCUGACAGAAUAUCUUAAAAGAGAAUUUGCACACCUGGAAGCUUGGCAGCCCCGCCCACCCGGCACACGCUGCUUGAGGGAGCCGGAAGCUUUCCGAAUAGCACAUCCUCCUCAGUGAGCUUGUGAGGUCUUCAUUUCUUUUCUUCCUUCCAACGUGGUGCUAGCUCUAAAGAGCGUGAGAGUGCCGCCUGAGACAGACACCUUGGUCUCAGUUAGGAGGAAGAUGCAGGUUUAAGAGGAAUCCCCCGCAAGUCUGGGCUGUGAUCAAGAAUAUUCUGCAAUGUGCCUUUUCUAAGAUCGUGUUAGCUCCAAAGCUUAUCCUAUCACAGAGUGUUCAGUUUUUGUUUGUUUGUUUUUGUUUUGUUUUUCCCUUGCGGAUUUCCCGUGUUUGCAGUAGUGUGAGUGUGCUAUGCCUGAUCACAGAUGGUUUUGUUGUAAGCAUCAAUGUGACACUUGCAGGACACUACAAUGUGGGACAUUGUUUGUUUCUUCCACAUUUGGAAGAUAAAUUUAUGUGUAGACUGUUUUUUGUAAGAUAUAGUUAAUAACUAAAACCUAUUGAAACGGUCUUGCAAUGACAAGCAUCCAGAUGCUUAAGGAAAGCAUUGCUGCUACAAAUAUUUCUAUUUUUAGAAAGGGUUUUUAUGGACCAAUGCCCCAGUUGUCAGUCAACCGUUGGUGUUUUCAUUGUUUAAAAUGUCAGCUGUAAGAUGGGCAUUAUUUAUGUUUUCCCCCGUGUUCAUUUUCUUUUGCAUUCCUGAUUAUUGUAUGUAUCUUGUAAAGGUUAAGUCUGUACAUUGGGUUAUAACACUAGAUAUUUAAACUUACAGACUUAUUUGUAAACCAUCAUUUUAAUGUACUGUAAUUAACAUGGUUAUAAUGUGUAUAAUCCCCCCUUACCACACAACUUUUUUUGUGUGUGAUAAAACCAAUUUUGGUUUGCAAUAAAAUCUUGAAAACUAUUUGCAUAAA